CGUCGGGAGUUCAGGGGCCAUCUUCCGAGGUCCUCAUGGUUUCCCUCCCGGCUGGUACGGCCGUGAUGAAUGGUACCGCCGACCCGAGGGCGCUUCUGCGAGGCAUCACCCUCGAGAUUGACAGGGUUGCCCUCGGGGCUGAUGAAGACGAAGCCCUCGAGGACAGGAUCCUCCGGUCCUCCCUUACAACCUGCAUUGCCCUCGGGGAGCAAGCCCGACGGCUAGAGGAGUGGCGCCUUCGCAAGGCCGAGCAGGAGGCCAAGAUGCGGGAGCUCAUCCGCCAGAAUGCAGACGCUGUGCGGCAGAUGGCCAUGCUGGAGGAGAGCCUUCGGCAGAUGACCCUGCGAGCGGAGGCCGCGGAUCGGGGUAGGGCAGAAGCCGAGAGGUCCGCAGCUGAGGCCUUGGAGAAGGCUGCCAAGGAAGCCGAGGCCGCGAAGGUUGAAGCCGUCGAGAGAGCCCGGGAGGACGCAAUCUCGGGGUUCUUGGCAGGGGGAUGGCGGUCCGAGGAGCACAAGCAAUGGCUGUCCUCGGUCGUCGAGUCCUCGGUCGACGAGUGGUGCGAUGGGCCUGGCGUGGAGUGGGUUUCCCGAAAGGGUAAACAAUACUACGAUGGGGGCGAGUUCUUCACUCAAGCCCUCAUCUAUCGGAGGAUGGCUCGCCACUUGAAGAUCGAGCCAAAGGACUUUGACCCGGCAGCAUACGGGCUCCCCCCCCCUGCAGCCAG